AUGAUGGCUGGGCCGAGCUCAACAUUCGCACUUUGUACAACGCGCUCACUGCGGCCGACCACUCGGUCGUGAUAUCUGCGCCCGCAGAGAAUCAAAGCGGAACCGGUUCCGACGACGCAACACCCACUCCCCUGACCUCCCCUGCGAAUUCGACUCUUGUCCCAGCGGCAGCCCCGCCGUCGGCCACAACUCCAGCCAACCACGCUUCAACUACGUCAACAGCUACCCAGCGACCUCCAUGAAAUAUGGCCUCAACAACCUCUCCUCCACCUACUUCUCCGGCUCUCCCGACCUCGCCGUCGCCGGGCCCAACGUAGGCGCUAACCUCGGCCUAGCCGUCUUCUUCUCCGGCACCGUCGGCGCAACCACCUACGCCGCCAACCAAGGCAUUCCCGCAAUCGCCUUUUCCGGAUACACUGGCUCCCAGAUCGCCUGGAACGUGAGCAGUGUUCCCACGUACAGUACUGUAUAUGCAGAGCUAGCGACGAAGUUGGUAGAUGAGUUGGUGGAGUCCGGAACCCCGUACUUGCCCGAGGGGGUGUGGCUGAAUGUGAACUUUGGGGCUGUGAGCGAUGAUAGUUGUACGAGUGCGGAUGAUUUCGAGUUUGUGUUGUCGAGGCUCUUUACGGCGAUUCCGUUGAUUACGGCGGAUGAUGUGGAAACCUGUAAUAGUACACGGUUGCCCACGGAGUUGAGUGUUAUGCUCCAGGAUGGAUGCUGGGCGAGUGUGUCGGUGGGCAUGUCGGGGGAUAAGUUGGAUGCGAAUGCUACGGUGCAGGGGGUGGUGUUGGAGAAGUUGGGGGGAUUGUUGACUUGUUUGGAUUAA